AUGUUUUCAGGUGCAUUUGCAAAACAUCCAGCAGUCGUGGCACUUUGUUCGAAAUUAGGACUAAAUCAUUUGUGUGGUUACGUAGUGCUUCUGAACCAAAAAGUCACAAGACAUGUGAAGGCAACAAAUUCGGCGACAGUCAAUCCGUAUGAUAAUGUGAUGCAGCGAGGUUCGCACUCGAUUCUCAGCUCGUUGCCAAAUGGAUCUACCUACAGUGACUAUGUUCUCCUUGACUGCGUAUUCGGCAUUCCUCUGUUUAAUUCUGCUUUAAGCGAGACAAUUUGCAAGAGAAUGUUAGACAAACGAAUCUUGGAGCCGGACAACCGCGUCAAUAUCCAGUUUGCUAACAAGGCGAUAAUCGACAUGAUAACGGAAUUAUUGAUGAAAUGGAAUUAUGGACACAUCACGAGCUCAUUUCCGAGUGCAGAACCUCGAAGAGCAGAAUUCGUACCACCAGUCAGAACGAUAUAUUAUGAUCCAAUCGCUAAGGAAAUUCGUGUUUGA